AUGGUUUUGGCCAAGAUAACAGACCACGGUCUUUUGACGGACCAAACUGGCCGUGACAGUAGGAUUGCCGGGGUAUUUUGUUGCAUUCCGUCUGGGCAGGCUGACAAAAACGGUUCUGAAGAGCUUUCCAACGGCACGCUUAUCCCCUUCAAAAACAUUGUCUGGGUAGAGGGAGCUCUAAAUGAGAGCGCGGAAAUCACCUAUAUUGAGCAGCAAGAUUCACGUUUGAAGAUUCGGACCAUUGUGGCUGAAGUAACCGGCAGCCAGCAGUCGAACGAGCCGGGAUCGAAGAGUUCUGUGUCGCAGUUGAUGGCCCUGGCAUAUGCAAACUCUGAGCCUAAGAAGUCUGUCAUUGUGUUUGUGAACCCGCACAGUGGCAAGGGCAAGGCGAUCCAUUUGUACAAGCACGAUGUGGAGCCUGUUUUGAACGCUGCUCGGUACCACGUGGAGCUGGUCAAGACGGAAUACACUGGCCAUGCUACAGAAUACAUGAAAUAUGUGGAUAUCGAUAAAUAUGACGGAGUCAUCUGUGCUUCUGGCGACGGAAUCCCGCACGAAGUACUGAACGGCAUAUAUAGCCGCAAGGAUCGCGUCCGGGCGUUUGAAAAGCUCUUUAUCGCGCAGACUCCAUGCGGAUCUGGCAACGCCAUGGCUCUCUCGUGUCUGGGCACUUUGAAACCAGGACUGGCGACUCUGGAAAUCAUCAAGGGCCACACGGUGCGCAGCGAUCUGAUGCUUGUUUGCUCCAAGAGCAGCGGUCCGCGAAUCUCAUUUUUGAGCCAGACGUAUGGCGUCAUUGCCGAGGCAGACAUAGGCACCGAGUGGAUGAGGUUUAUUGGCGAGAUUCGCUUUGACAUUGGCGUGCUGCUCAACAUUCUGCGCAAAAAACAGUUCCCUUGCCGCGUGGCGGUUAAGCGGAUUACUAACGACAAAAAGGAACUUUCGGAACGUUACAAGUCUCAGUACCAGCAGCCUGGCGUGACAACACAGCUGGACGAGGACGCGCUCAAACCAAAGUAUUUUGACGGACAAUUGUUUGACGACGACCGGCUGCCAGCAGGCUGGGAAUGGCUGGACGACAACGUCACACAGAAUUUGUCCAUUUUUUAUACGGGAAAGCUACCGUACAUCGCAAAAGACGUGGAUUUUUUCCCUGCUGCGCUGCCUAACGACGGCGCGAUCGACCUUGUGCUUUUCGACGGCCGCACACAGGUGUGGAGGUCAGCGCACAGCCUACUCCAGCUCGACAAGGGUCUGCACGUGUGGCACGACCACGUGGACCAUCUGAAGGUGGAGUCGCUCAAACUGGUGCCGAUGCUGGAAAAGGGCCGCACCAGCUACAUUUCCGUCGACGGAGAAAAUUUCCCCGUGGAGACCAUCCAGGUGGAGGUGCUCCCGGGCGUGAUGAAGACCGUGAUGAACGACGGCCGCUACAAAGACAGCGGAUUUUUAGCACACAUUGGUUAA